GUGGAGGGCCAGCUCUCGCUGAAGUCGGGGUGACCCGUGUCCUUUUCCGGAGAGCAGGGUAGAGAAGCAGGAGCGGCAGCUAGUGCAGCAGGAAGUUUGUCGGAAGAUGAAGACACCAAGAUAGGGGUUGGGUGACUUCCCCAGGAAAAGUUCUGGAGGAGCAUCCAGACACGAUCAACGUUUCCUUGAUGUGUGGAAAUCGACAUGACUUUAGCCUUACUGACCCUUGUACAGCAUACCCUGUGAAUAUUUCUGUUUAGGUUUUUCUCCUUGAAAGGGAAGAAACUUACUCAGCCAGUAAAAGACACUUAAAAUCAAGAAACUUUGGGAUCACGUCGCAAUUACAUUACUUCGAAUUGAUAAACUGCGAAUAUAAUCUGAACUCCUCUGUUUACAUAUGUCAACCUAAAAUCUUCGCUUCCUUUCAUUAUGGAAGAUGUCUUGUGAUUGACCUCAAUGACUGACUUGUGGAGAUGCGGUGAAUGUGAAAUCCCACAUAUAGAUCGUUUUCCUUCUAAGCUCACUGAUCAUUCUGGAAGAUCUUGAACCCUCUUCUGGAAAGGGGUGCCUAUCGUUACUUUAUGGGUCAGCAGCCUGGAAAAGUUCUUGGGGACCAGAGAAGGCCAAGUUUGCCUGCCCUGCACUUUAUCAAAGGAGCAGGGAAGAAAGAAUCAUCGAGGCAUGGGGGUCCACACUGCAAUGUUUUUGUGGAACAUGAAGCCCUUCAGAGGCCAGUAGCAUCUGACUUCGAGCCCCAAGGUCUAAGCGAAGCAGCUCGUUGGAACUCUAAGGAAAACCUUCUCGCUGGUCCCAGCGAAAAUGACCCCAAUCUUUUCGUUGCACUGUAUGAUUUUGUGGCCAGUGGGGAUAACACUUUAAGCAUAACUAAAGGUGAAAAGCUCCGGGUCUUAGGCUACAAUCACAAUGGGGAAUGGUGUGAAGCCCAAACUAAAAAUGGCCAAGGGUGGGUCCCAAGCAACUACAUCACGCCAGUCAACAGUCUGGAGAAACAUUCCUGGUACCAUGGGCCCGUGUCCCGCAACGCCGCUGAGUACUUGCUGAGCAGUGGGAUCAACGGCAGCUUCUUGGUCCGGGAGAGCGAGAGCAGUCCUGGGCAGAGGUCCAUCUCGCUGAGAUACGAAGGGAGGGUGUACCACUACAGGAUCAACACUGCUUCUGAUGGCAAGCUCUACGUCUCCUCAGAGAGCCGCUUCAACACUCUGGCCGAGCUGGUUCAUCACCACUCAACGGUGGCCGACGGGCUCAUCACCACUCUCCACUAUCCGGCCCCCAAACGCAACAAGCCCACCGUCUACGGCGUGUCCCCCAACUACGACAAGUGGGAGAUGGAGCGCACGGACAUCACCAUGAAGCACAAGCUGGGCGGCGGCCAGUACGGGGAGGUGUACGAAGGCGUGUGGAAGAAGUACAGCCUGACGGUGGCCGUGAAGACCUUGAAGGAGGAUACCAUGGAGGUGGAAGAGUUCUUGAAAGAGGCCGCAGUGAUGAAAGAGAUCAAGCACCCCAAUUUAGUACAGUUACUCGGGGUCUGCACCCGGGAGCCCCCGUUCUAUAUAAUCACUGAGUUCAUGACCUAUGGGAACCUGCUGGAUUACCUGAGGGAGUGUAACCGGCAAGAGGUGACCGCCGUGGUGCUGCUGUACAUGGCCACUCAGAUCUCAUCGGCCAUGGAGUACCUGGAGAAGAAGAACUUCAUCCACAGAGAUCUUGCUGCCCGAAACUGCCUGGUAGGGGAAAACCACUUGGUGAAGGUGGCUGAUUUCGGCCUGAGCAGGUUAAUGACAGGGGACACCUACACAGCCCAUGCUGGGGCCAAGUUCCCGAUCAAGUGGACGGCACCCGAGAGCCUGGCCUACAACAAGUUCUCCAUCAAGUCGGAUGUCUGGGCAUUUGGAGUGUUGCUUUGGGAAAUUGCUACCUACGGCAUGUCACCUUACCCAGGAAUUGACUUGUCCCAGGUGUAUGAACUCCUAGAGAAAGACUAUCGCAUGGAGCGCCCGGAAGGCUGCCCAGAGAAGGUCUACGAACUCAUGCGAGCAUGUUGGCAGUGGAAUCCCUCUGACCGGCCCUCCUUCGCUGAAAUCCACCAAGCCUUUGAAACAAUGUUCCAGGAAUCCAGCAUAUCAGAUGAAGUGGAAAAAGAAUUGGGGAAGAAAGGCAUGCGAGGGGUUGCAGGUACUCUGCUGCAGGCCCCAGAGCUGCCCACCAAGACGAGAACUUCCAGGAGAGCUGCCGAGCACAAAGACGCCCCCGACGUGCCCGAGACGCCCCACUCCAAGGGCCCAGGAGAGACUGAUCCUCUGGACCACGAGCCUGCUGUGUCUCCAUUGCUCCCUCGAAAAGAACGAGGUCCUCAGGAUGGCGGCCUAAAUGAAGACGAGCGCCUUCUCCCCAAAGACAAGAAGACCAACUUGUUCAGUGCCUUGAUCAAGAAGAAGAAGAAAACAGCCCCAACCCCUCCCAAACGCAGCAGCUCCUUCCGGGAGAUGGACGGCCAGCCGGAGCGCAAGGGGGCCCCUGAGGACGAAGGCCGAGACAUCAGCAACGGGGCGCUGGCGCUCGCGCCCGCGGACGCGGCCGAGCCAGCCAAGUCCCUAAAGCCCAGCAGCGGGGCUGGCGUUCCCAAUGGAGCCUUCCGGGAGUCAGGGGGUAUAGGCUUCCGGUCUCCCCACCUGUGGAAAAAGUCCAGCACGCUGACCAGCAGCCGCUUAGCAGCCAGCGAGGAGGAGAGCGGCGGCAGCUCCAGCAAGCGCUUCCUGCGGUCCUGUUCCGCCUCCUGCGUGCCCCACGGGGCCAAGGACACCGAGUGGCGGUCGGUCACGCUGCCUCGGGAUCUGCAGUCCACGGGCAGACAGUUUGACUCGUCCACGUUUGGGGGGCACAGGAGCGAGAAGCCAGCUCUGCCUCGGAAGCGGGCAAGUGCUUCCGAGAACAGGUCUGACCAGGUGACCAGAGGCACGGGCACGCCCCCCCCGAGGCUGGUGAAGAAGACCGAGGAAGCAGCCGACGAGGUCUUCAAAGACGCGGCUGAGUCCAGCCCGGGCUCCAGCCCUCCCAGCCUGACCCCAAAACUCCUCCGUAGGCAGGUUGUGGUCGCGCCUUCCUCUAGCCUUCCCCACAAGGACGAGGCUGGGAAGUCCAGUGCCUUGGGGACGCCUGCUGAGCCGGUGACCCCCACCGGCAGGGCAGGGCCAGGUGCUUCUGGAGGAACCAGCAAGGCCCCUGCCGAGGAGUCCAGAGUGAGGAGGCACAAGCCCUCCUCCGAGUCCCCAGGGAGAGACAAGGGGAAAUUGUCCAAGCUCAAACCCGCCCCACCGCCCCCUCCUCCAGCCUCCGUUGGGAAAGCCGGGAAGGCCUCCCAGAGCCCGAGCCAGGAAGCAGCCGGGGAGAUGGGUGCCAGCGGGAAAGCAAAACCCAUGGCUCUGGUUGUGGAUGCUGUGAACAGUGACGCUGCCAAACCCAGCCAGCUGGGAGAGGGCAUCAAAAAGCCCGCGCUCCCGUCCAUGCCAAAGCCCCAGUCGUCCGCCAAGCCCGCGGGGACCCCGACCAGCCCAGCCCCUGCUCCCUCCAUGUUGCCGUCAGCACCCUCUGCCCUGGCAGGGGACCAGCCGUCCUCCACUGCCUUCAUCCCGCUCAUAUCGACCCGCGUGUCUCUUCGGAAAACCCGCCAGCCUCCGGAGCGGAUUGCCAGCGGUGCUAUCACCAAGGGCAUGGUCCUGGAUGGCACCGAGGCCCUGUGCCUGGCCAUCUCCAAGAACUCUGAGCAGAUGGCCAGCCACAGCGCCGUGCUGGAGGCCGGCAAGAACCUCUACACGUUCUGCGUGAGCUACGUGGACUCCAUCCAGCAAAUGAGGAACAAAUUCGCCUUCCGCGAGGCCAUCAACAAACUGGAGAACAAUCUUCGGGAGCUUCAGAUCUGCCCGGCGACAGCGGGGGGUGGCCCGGCGGCCAGCCAGGACUUCAGCAAACUCCUCAGCUCCGUGAAAGAGAUCAGUGACAUCGUACAGAGGUAGCAGAAGCCGGGCGUCGGGAGCCUGCAGUGCGUGAGGGCUCCCCCGUGCCCGUGACGCUGGCUGAGAGAGGACCAGUGAGCUGGGACCUUGGCCCAGGAGCUCUGCGCCGGGCAGGGCCGAGGCCGCCGUGGAGUGCAGCCCUACUACCUAUGUCAUGGCCCCGCUGUUGUCCUCCUGCACUUGCCUUCUCCUCAGCCCGGGCUCCCUGAGCCAUCUGUCCGAGUUCUAUCUGUGGAGUUCCUGCUCUGUGGACUGCACGCCAGCCUCCUUCCCACAUCGUGCUUCAAAACUGAGCUCUUGGGGGCAGGUGGGAAGGCGGAUGAGCACUCCCUUUUCAUCUGUCUUUCUGGAGGACCUCCCCUGGCUAUGCCUUCACCUCCAUUUCACCCCAAGACGAGUACCCCGCAUGGGAGCUGUGUCGCCAAGGCCUUGGGAGCGGUCACCUCCACUCACCCUGCGCAGAGAGGUUGUGCACUCAUCUUCCUCGGGCCUCCUGUGCCGAAGACGCGUUUCCAGAACUGCAUCUUGGGAAGUGCUGCCAGCUGGCCACCCUGCCCUCCACUGCUGCCGCGGGCUGGUGCCCUCACCAUUUCCUCACGUGAAGGACAGCUCUUGAUUUGGGGGGUAGAACAGGGUGCUAAAACCAACCAGCCUCCGGGUCCUGGGACAGGUUGGGAAGCUGAAGAGGCCCGUGAUAUGGGAGAGGCUCCUUGUCAUUCGCUCUCUCCAUGUCCUUAGAGCCCAGUUCCCGGCUCUCUUGUGACAUGCACUGCUAAUCCUGGAUAGAAAGCUUGAGUCUUAAGGGUAGCAGGGUCGCUGGUCAGCAUACAGGGGCUCCAGAGGCGGGAGGGGUGGCGGUGGGUGAGCAGCUGCUGCCGAGAUAGCCCAGGGCUGGGCCGGUCUGCGGUGAGCGCAGGGUUACCUUCCUUCUGAAUUUCCAGGUGCCCUGAAAAGGCGCUUGGUCUCGCUUUCCGACUGAUCUCUUUCCGCUCUGUUGUCCUCCUCUAAGGCAAAGCAGAUGCUUGCAGGGCUCUUUCCCUGGUGACAAGCCAGUCUUCAGCUUUCUGGAGUUCUUGAAGCCUUUCAGAACUCGGCCCUCAGCACAGCUGCCUCCGAUACAGAAGGAGCUGCCAUUGGGCGCCAGUGCACGCAGAGGAGGAAAGGGACUGGAGCACCCAAGCCCAGCCAGUGUUGGCUGCACCCUGACGGGCACAUGUCUUAUUUAAUUACCACGAGCAACACUUAACCUAAUGUUUCGGUUGGGCUCAUCAGGGAUGAAGAAAAUCACAAACAAAUGAACCCCCAGAAAGGGUCUCAGAGAGCAGCGUAAUCUCCCCCAGGCUGUCCAGGACCAGGCUCAUAGGGCAGGAGCCCAGUGUCCUUGACCUUGACCUAGAGCAGCUGCUGAAGAGCAGGCUGAUGGGCACCUGUCUGGGCCUCGCCGCGCUCAGGAGCGCCCCCUGGAGAAACCAGGAGGAAACCACCUUCCGCUCCCCAGGCCUCCUAGGGCCCAUGACCUGCACAGGCCCGAUUUUUACGCUCAUCACCUAAAUUUGUAUCUUAUUUCUCUGGUAGAGGUGGUGUCCUCUGAGUCGUUCUAUGCUGUUUUCACAGCACGUCACCUCUUUGCCCCCCAGACUGCUGUGCUACACAGACCGAGGGAGGUGCCAGAACACCGCCAGUGGCCUUGCAGACAAAGCAAAACAAAGCCCACCCAGGUUCCCUCCACUGCCUGUUUCUGUGAGGUACUGGUCUCUUCUUGUUCACAUGAUGUGCCACUAUAUUUUGCAUUUAUACUUUGGUAUUACACUCUUUUUAUAGACUUGCUCUUUUAUAAAUGAUGUGUAAAUAGUUUUACACCGUCCAACCUUCCAGAAUGCCUAUGGUGUCUUUUUUUUUUUUUUUUCAGUCCAA